AUGUCCUCCCAGCUACUCGUUUGCUCUACGGCUGGGUCGAGUAAUGAUUCAGGGUUGAGUGAAGUCUUGGAGGGAGGGGGGGGUCUUCGAUCGUUCACCAAUAAACGCCAAGUCCGCAGCAUUCAACGCAAUAUCGUGCUUUCCGGCCUGCGUGGGUCGAUGCAUGAUGACGAGGAAAUCGAGGAUCAAAGGCGCGCCCGUUCCGCCCUCUGA